AUGUCCGAAAGCCAAUUCUCGGCCCGUAAACGAGGAGUCACCCACGUUGAAGAUGGAGAGAGUGGAAGUACAGCUUCUUACGGAGAGCAGACUGAUGUUGACACCCCAAAUGUACCUCACAAUGACGACGAAGAAACGAAAAGAAUCAUGCGCAAGGUUGAUUGGCACCUGAUACCUCCUCUAAUGGCCCUCUAUAUAAUUUCAUUCAUGGAUCGCUCCAACAUUGGAAAUGCCAAGGUCGCCGGUAUGAAUGCGGACCUCGAGCUCACUGGUACCCAGUAUAACAUGGCGUUAACGGUGUUCUUUUUUCCGUAUGCUCUGUUUGAAGUUCCGAGCAAUAUUUUCCUCAAGAUGAUGCGACCUUCUCGAUGGCUAAUGAUCCUCGUGAUAGCCUGGGGCACGGUCAUGGCUAUGCAAGGCAUCGUCAAGAAUUAUAAUCAAUUACUUGUCACCCGUACUCUACUGGGUUUUACGGAAGCUGGUUUCUUCCCUGCUGCUUCAUAUCUUCUCACAACCUGGUAUCCCCGCUGGGAGGUCCAAACCCGCCUCGCCAUCUUCUUUACUGGCGCUUCGCUGGCUGGCGCCUUCUCAGGGCUUCUCGCUUUUGCCAUCCAACAUAUGGAUGGGAUCGCAGGGCUUGGCGGCUGGCGAUGGAUCUUCAUACUCGAGGGUAUCCUCACAGUUCUUAUGGGCUGCACGAUUCCAUUCCUUCUGCCUGACUCUCCGAAGGCGGCGAAAUUUCUUACGUUAACCGAAAAAGAGACCAUAAUAAGCCGUCUUCAACAUGAUGCCGGACCCGCCUCCGCCAAGACAGGGAUAGAUGACUCAUUCAAGUGGGCAUUUUUAAAAGAAGCCCUUCUGGAUUGGAAAAUCUACCUCGCUUGUAUCAUCUUCUGGGGGAAUAGCGUCUCAUUUUAUGGCUUCACUUUUGCCUCACCCACAAUCAUCCAUGAACUUGGCUAUACCGCAGCUCAAGCACAGCUCCUUACAGUCCCGAUCUAUUUCGUGGGCACUUGUUCCACAAUGUUCUUUGCAUAUAAUGCAGAUAGGCUCCAGAAGCGGUGGCCCUUUAUCGUAAUUCCAUUCGGUAUUGCUGUUGUGGGCUUCGUUGGCUUGCUGGCCGUUCCACACCCGCGUCUCCCAGGACUGACCUAUACCUUUCUAUUUUUUAUCCCAGCUGGAUUGUAUCCCAGUGUUAUUGGAUGCAUAUCUUGGGUUGGCAAUAAUCUUGCACCGUCCUAUAAACGUGCUAUCGGAAUGGCCUUAUUACUAACUAUCGGGAAUCUUGGCGGCGCCGUUGGGUCCAAUAUCUUUCUCGGUAACCAGGCUCCUCACUAUUGGUUGGGUUACGGUUUCUCGCUUGCAAUCAUUGUCUGCGGGAUCUUUGCAACCCUUAUCCUACGCUUUGCGAUCAAGCGAAUCAAUGAGAAGCGAGACCAGAUCCCAGAGGCAGAGACCUUAGCAAAAUACACGGAGGACGAAUUAGUGGACAUGGGCGAUAAAUCACCAUUAUACAGAUAUGUCAUAUAGCCAGGACGGGUAAAGAACUCAAAUCGGCGAUUCUUGUUGAAAAUUCGAACGAAACCUGGCAAAGUUUGUUAUAGAUUGAAGAAACAGCAAUUAAUAGUCAGUCGCAUCUUCUCAGGUCUUUUUUAAUGGCUAGCACACCCUGUUUACCUAGGUUACUUGUUCCUCGGCAUAUCCCCAUUUAGUAAGAAGCUCGGGACUUGGAAUUGGGGAACAGGUGGAGAACAAGGGAUGACUGAUGAUCGGUAGAUCGCAACACGGCUAUAGACACGGUUAUGCACGCACUCGCGAUUCCCCACAUGGCCCUCGGUCCGCAAAUGCGGUCCGCGAAUACGGUCCGCAAUACAU